AUGUUAAGAAAAAUAGUUGGUAGAACUGCUUCAAGUAGUUUCAACCAAUUAAAGGUAUCAACUCCUAGAAUUUCAACCAGUCUUUUAGCAUUACGUUAUCAAUCAUCUUCAUCAACUACUACUACUACUACCACUACUGCCACCACAGGUACUACAACUACCUCAUCUACUCCUGGUUCUGAACAACAGCCUGUUGUUAAACAAGAAAAGAAACAAGAAGAUAUUAAAAAGAAAUCAAAAAGAGAAUAUGUUCCAAUCAAUCCAAAAUUGCAAGACAUCUCUGAACAAAUUAAAUCUGCAAUUUUAAAAAAUGAAGAUUUAAGUGAAUCGUUUGAAAUAUUAGAAGAAGGUAUUUCAUUUUUAAAAUCUAUUCAACAAGAUGAAAGAAUUAGUGAUUCCCAAAUUUUCUUUAAAUUUUAUCCAUUAACUAUUGAAUUAUUCAGAUUAGCUCAAAAUCAACCAAAAAACAAUCAACCAGUUUUUAAGAAAUCAUUAGAUGAAUUAUUGGAAUUUUUUGUUAAUAAUAAAAUUGCAACUCCAUGGCAUUUCUUACAAAUUGGUGUUAAAGAUUUAAUGGUAUCACCAGGGGAAGAAAUCACAGCAACCCAUUAUCAAAAAUUUUUAUCACUUUGGUUUAAAUGUUUUGAAUAUUGUAAACAAAAUGAAUAUGUUUAUAUGCAUACAAUUUAUUCAAUUAGAGGUAAAAAGGGAGAAAUUGAUUAUCAACCAUAUUAUUUAAAUAAUUUAGCAGUUUAUUGUUAUGUUCAAUUAUGUUCACUUGGAGAAAUUAAAUAUUCACCAGUUGAUGCUAGUAAAUUUUCCAAUAAAGAAAACCAUAUCCCAUUGAGAUACAAUAUUCAAAAGACAUUAAAUCAUUUGGGAUUAUACAAUAAAGGAAGUUUCCAAAAUUUUGCUAACUUCUUGAGAAAUGAUGAAAAGAAGAGAUUUGAUCCAAAUGGUGCUCAAUCAUUAUAUAAAAUUGAUAAUACUUUUGAUAAGAAACAAUUGGAUAUGGUCUACUUGGAACUUGUUGAAGUUUGUAAAGAAAGAAAAAUUCAAAUUGAUGAAAAGAUUAUCUGUGCAUUAAUGGAAAGAUAUUUGAAAUUUGAAGAAUAUGAAGAAGUUUUCACCCUUUUCGAAAAUAUCAUCAAUUCAGGUAUUAAACCAAAUAUUGAGUCCUGGAAUGUUGUCAUUAAAGCCAUGACUAAUCCAACCAGAAUCAAAUCUGAACUGAAAUAUUCUAGAAAACAAUUGAUGGAAAAUUUCGAAAGAACCAUUAAAACCAUUCAAGCAUCAGGAUUGAAAUUCAAUGCUGGAACUAUUGGUGCUAUUGUCAGUGGUUAUGCCAAUUUUGGUGAAUUUGAAAAAGCCAAUGAAUAUAUGAAGAAUUAUUCAUCUAUUCCAGGAGCUACUAACUUAGCUAAUGAUGGGUUAUUGCGUGGAUUGAUUUCCAACAAUAAAACUGAUGAAGCUGAACAAAAAUUACAUGAAUUCAUUUCCCAAUCCAAAGCACAAUAUAAACCAAGUACAAAUGUUAUGAAUGAUUUCCUUCAUUACUAUAUCCAGCGUAAAAAUUAUAGUGCUGUUAAUGGAUUAACUCAAUUUAUGAGACAACAUGAAAUUGAAGAAAAUGUCACUACCAGAACUAUUUUAAUCAAUGCCUAUUUUGAAAGUUUACAUGCUAUUGGUAAAACUCCAGAUUUAUCAUCAUACUUAAAACAAAUGGAACAAUCAUCCAAGGCUAACAAAAAAGGAUUCAAUGAACAUAUGCAUUCUACUUUAUUGAAAGGUUUGAUUCAAGGUGGAAAUAUUGAAGCAGCAAGACAAUUGUUUGAUAUUUUAAAGAAGAGAUAUCCUCGUUCAUCUUGGUUAAAUACUCAAAUUAUCAUUGCCGAAGUAACUUUAGGUGAUGCUAAAUUGGGUGAAGAUUUAUUCAACAACUAUAUUAAAGAAAUUAGAAAUGAUAACAUAAUUUGGAACACUUUUAUUCAUAAUUUAUUACAAAAAGAUGAAAGAUUAGCUGAUGUUUAUUUCAAUAAAUUAAAACAACAACAAGCUCAAGAAGGUAAAGUUGGUCCUAAUUUUUACACUUAUUAUUUCAUGUUGCAACAUUAUAGAAGAAAAGGUAAGAAGGAUAAAGUUCAACAAUUAAUUAAUGAAUUGAAUGAAAAAGAUUGGAAAGAUUUUGGUAAUGUUUUACCUAAAUUUAUCAACAAUUUAACUGGAUUUGUUGAUGUUCCAGCUACUUUAUUACAAAGAGUCAAUGCUUAA